GAUAAGAGGAAGCAUGUGUACCAUUGGCUAGCCUUUAAGUGGUGUUUUGGAAGAAACGCGCUGUUAAAGAAUUAUCCAGCGAUUUACCAUUGACGAACGUCGGACGAACGCCAUGAUGAUAAAAGUAGCACUGAUUCUGUUUGCUGUCGUUGUUGUGGCCACUGCAACGCCAUUCCUUCAACUGGGUGAUGACGACGUCUUGGGUGACGUUGACGUGGAAAUCUCGGUGAGAGGAGGGCAUAAGACGUUGACGUAUAAAACUCCAAACGGCAACGUCAUUGACGUCACCCACGUUCUCAAAAGCGAGGAUGUCAUCGUCAACAUUCCCGGACAGAAUGAAGUGUGCAACGUCAGACAACUUCAACAGACAAUCAAUGACGUGGAAGGGAGUUUGACCUGCACAGAACGAAUAGCGAUGACCGAUGAAGAGCUGUCACCGAAGCUUGCCGAGAUUUGCCGAGGAAAGGCGGUGUUUGCCGAGAAAUACGCGCCUUGUCAGCCCCGAACAGGUCAGCCCCAAACAGGUCAGCCCCGAAUUCGUCGAGAUUAUGUCUGCGAACCAGUUUGCCGGCUGUGUUCUUCAGGUUUAUGCUGUGAAAUCCGCUGUACAGGGGAGGGCCGCCUGUGUAGAAGUUUGGGAGAGUCUGACUUGCAGUAAAACCUAAAUAAAGGUCCCUUUGCCUAGCAUAACCAUUCGGAUAUUUUUCGCCGUCUGUAGGUUCGGUGCUUACAUUGCUAAAAGCAUCUGUUACAUUUUGUUUGGUAAUAACUGCCUUUGUUAAAUCAUCAUAGUGAUAUCAAGGCUUUAACUUUCAAUUCCAUUAAUUAAACAUAAGAAAUGAAAUAUAUUCAACCGAUAACUGUAUAUUGACUGGAAUGUGUGGCAUUUAUUUUAAAUAUGCUUAUCCGUAUGACGUUGUUUUCGCUUCUAGCCCAUAUUUCGUAUUCAUCGUUCUUAUUAUGCAUUCCUUGAAUAAAACUUAG